AGUCAAUUUCGUAAUUUCCGUGUCACCCGCCAUUUUAAAAAUACAUUUGCGCGGGAAACCGAAAUAACGCAGGAAACAACGUCCUUAAUUAUUUUCAACGAGGACUAACAAUAUAUAUAUCGAAUUAUUUACGAAGAAAAUUAACCCCUAUAAUUAUAAGCGUUAAGACCCAAUUUCUAAACGCUUUCUGAAGCAAAUAUGUCGUUUUCGAAAAACGAAAUCAUCCGGAAACGAUUAGUUUUAGAGCCACACGCUGACAGGCAGGAUGUAAGAAUUCAUUAUCCGCUUCUUAAAAACAAUUUUACAUCUCCCUUAGACUUAUCAAAAUUCUCUAUAGAGUGAAAGAGCCCGAAUAUCCCGCAUCCGGCAGACGCUCGCAAAUCCUUUUACUGUGCAAGAACGUCCUAUUAGACUACAACGCUAAAAAAUAUUAUGAACCUUUUUGACUUGAAUUAGGGUCGACUUUCGAUCGUGUUAAGAACAAACUUAUAGCGUUAUAGAAUUAUAAAAUAGCUAGACGUUGGACUCCAUUGAUUUUGUGUUUGAAUGAUCGUAACGUAGAACGAAAUAUCAUACCAGUCUUGACUGAGCUCGUGUGAGGACGUGACGUCAUUUUGAGAAAAUUGUUACGUUCGUUAAUUUCAUCCAAUUUAAAGUUAUUAUAAGUUGUAUGGUUUAUUAAACUGUGUCGAAACUGCAACUAAUAGUGAAGUGUGUGUUGAGAGGAUUUUCCAGUGCCAUUAUAUUUGAAUGAGCUGCGCACCGACCGCCAUCAUGCCGACGCAAGCGCGCUGCGACCGCGUCCCCCCCACCGACGGCACUCCCUGGGGCGCCCUCGACCUCACCCUCCAGGAUGACGACUUGCCUAUCGACCCUCGUCGCUGGAACCGAUCGCAGGUGGGCACAUGGGUCUCACGCCGCGGCGGCCGCGCCGAGCGCUUCCCCAUGAACGGCAAGGCGCUGUGUCUCAUGACGAGGGACAUGUUCCUAGCCAGGGUACCCGGGAAGGGCCACGAGCUGUACCAGGACUUCAGACGAAGGCUCGCUAAAGCUCUGGCGCUCCAGGAUUUGCUCGAAAAAAUGAUGCCGAAAUGAAGGACUUCCAAUGCAUUUCAGGAUAAUAUUUAUGGUUAAAGAAAACCUUCCUUAGCAAAUUAGUGGCAAAAACGUGAUGUCAAAAUAAGUUUACUAUAUCUCUCGCGUCGAAUGAUGCGUGGCCACUAAUGGCUCCUCUACACGAUGGGCCAUCAUACUGGCCCAGUAAGAUGGGCCAGCGUGUAAGGGCUCCUCUACACGAUGGCCCAGCGUAGGUCAGUCUAAGAGACGCAGCUAUGCGGUGAAAUGAGAUAGCAAUAUCACUUGCUCCCUCUAACGCAAAAAUGCGUCCCUUGGACUGGCCUGCGCUGGGCCAUCGUGUAGAUGAGCCAUAAAGGUAGUGGUGUCGGAUGGCUUAUGGCGCGGCGGGACGGCGAUGGCAUGGUCGCGGUGUCGGUUUUUCGUCCGCAUAUUAAAGGUAGUGGGCCAGCGAUGGCUGUACGCAUAUACACGUGGCCCAUUCCGUAGCGCGUGCUCACAAUCAUCGCAUGGCCAUCUCGCUGGUCCAGCGUGUAGAGGAGUCAUAAGAAAGAAAGAGAAGUCCGUAAUCGGUUAGUCAGAUAUUUAUCUACAUGUCGCGAUUAAACGCCAAUUCAUUCGUUUUGAAUAUUCUAUGAUACGAUUUUUGCUGUAAAUGUAAAAUUUUGCACUAUUCUUAUAAUUUUCACCACAGGCUUCGGGUAGUAGAAAAGUUGAAAAACCAAAGAAAAUAGUGCUUCAAAUUUGACUGCAAAAAAUAUGGCGCUAUAUUUCAAAACUUGAUCUAGGUACCCAAUUCCGGGUUAUUUAUGAUUCUUAAUUUAUAAAACAUUUAUUCAGCAAAAACAAUAUCUACUUGAGCUAUCAUUUGUGGCAUGAAUUGUUCUUAGAGUUUACACUUUUCAACUAUAUUUAACUCGUUAUUUUCAAUACAUAAGUAUAGUUUUAUAUUUUUUAUGCAUUGUGACCACAUAUUUAUUGAGUGUCAUUUUCCACUGUCGGCAUUAUACACCGUGUUUUUUUUUAAAUUCCGUUAACUUCAGGGUAUGGGUAAGUACGUAUAAAGAAACCUCAUAGGCCUCAAGGGCUCUUUUACAAGUCAGUAAAACAUUAUAGUAACAUCAUAUAGUGACAUGAAAAAUACAUAACAACAUUUAUAAAUACAACAGCCAAUACCUGGGUAAACAUUACAUUAUAAUAAUCUUAAUAUAAAUAAUUACUACAAUACAAUAGAGAUGUAUAGUUUCUAUGGUUAAAAAUACAUUAAAUCUGGAGAUGUAAUUUAUAGUUAAUUUUCAAAAAAAAUUUUUUUGUAAAAAGUAUUUUAAUGUUGCACAUAGCGUUGUUGUAACACGGGCAUUGCAUUUAACUCAACCAAAAAAUUUAAAACUGUAACAUAUCAAUGUCAUUUCGAACAUCGAUCGUCCGAUAUAGUACUUACGUUUAGUAGCAAAUGUAUCAACUCGUACUAAACACUAAUCAAUAUGUAAACAGGCCCUAAGGCAAGUGUACACGCUUUCAAGAGCCUUAUAAGAUAAGAAUAAAUUAUUGAUUAUAUCCAAAAUGGAGUUAAUUAGAGUCUUUGAGAACGUUACUUAACUUAAGAACCCAUCAACGUGCUCACUAGCGCCACUGCUAAAUAAUUGUCAUUAUUUAAAUUUAACGAUAGAUAUUUAAAAAAGGGGGCCGCUACGUACUGUAUGUAGUAUUUAAGUACCUUUUGAAUACAACAUAAUAGUUUUUACGUUGUUGGAUUCGUCAAUCUAGGCGUCCAAAGUUAAAACGGCCGUUUUCGUUUUGAGUUCAUAGAUCGACGAAUCGAGCAACAUAGAAACUAGUGUGAUGUAUUCAGAAGGUACUUAAAUACAAAAUACUGUACGUAGCGGCACCCUUUUUAGGGUUCCGUAGCCAAAUGGCAAAAAACGGAACCCUUAUAGAUUCGUCAUGUCCGUCUGUCUGUCCGUUUAUGUCACAGCCACUUUUUUCCGAAACUAUAAGAACUAUACUGUUCAAACUUGGUAAGUAGAUGUAUUCUAUGAA